UUCAGACAGCCCGCGCGAAGCUUACGGGAGGAUUUGGGGGAUUUAUGAGCCCGUGGACACGGUGAAGGAGAAGCUGAGCUAAAGCACGCCGGGCGCACAGACAGAACCAGUACCUGCAACUGACUGAAGACACUAUGCAGCAACUGAUGGUGAAAUCUGUAGUUAGGACAACACAAUGAAAUCUUGGACUGCUGUUUUUAGCCACAUUCCACAGUAACCCUUAUGCUUUCAACAAAUACACCUUUGACUCAUUCACUUGCACUGGCGUUUUCUAUUUUGUGCUUAAAACAUGAGUUAGGGCAUUGCAAAAACUAUUUAAGGUGUAGCUUUCUUUUUUAUUCUCAGACACAGUCAUUAUCUCUUGGUGAAAAACUCUUACCUGCAGAGAUGUAUUCUGAAUGCUUAACCGAGUGACAGCAUAUGCACAUGCACAGGGAACGCUGCCAGUACUGCCAGUGACACGGCCCUGGCUUCACAUGACUUGUCUGGGAGGGGACAGCCAACUCCUGCCUGGAAACACACCCCCGACUCCUUUGCCUAAACCCUCAUAAAGUUUCCACAGCAGUAGUGAAAGGUGAGGAGUUGAACUCUGGGCUCUGGAUGAACACAAAGGACCUCUCCUAGGCUACACUUAGCAGGAGGUAAGCAACGAGUGGGCAGCCAGAGCUCAGGGGCGUAGCAGCUGGAAAAUAUAUGGUUGAAACUCUGAAGAAAUAAUUAAAAGGCAAUGUCAUAUGUACAUUUAAAAUAGGAACUGUAGUUGCCUUCAGAUCUGUGCACUGCUUGGCAUAGUAGGAGCCCCACCAGACACAUCUAGUCUUGUCUCUCUCCAUACAGCGUGGCUGAUAUGCAACUUCAGGGGUGACCAGUGCAUUCCCCCUUUCUGACAAGCUGCAAGAGGAGUACUCCCAGGAGGCCUGCUAUCAUCAUAAAGAUGGAGAGAGACUCUGGAUACUCCACCAUGGCUGCACAGCAGAAACAGGAAGAGAAGCUCCGGGAUGCCGUGAAGACCUCUGCCAUGGUCCUUGGUACAGGCCUGCUCGUAUUCACUGCCUUCAUGAACUCUGCUUCUUGGUGCCUACAGAAGAUCUGGGAGACUUCAGGCAAUUUCUGGCAAACAGCAUGGCUAAAGCUUUACAACCUGUUUGAGGGAAGGGAAUGGUCACUCUUCCUCUUUGGGGCUGCGUUGGUUCCUAGCCUUGCUUUCUGGUGCUUCAAUGGAAUCCUUAUGGUGGCUGAUGUAACAGGAAAGCCGACUUUCAUUACUCGGUAUCGCAUUCAGCUGGGCAAGAAUGAUCCUGUGGACAUAAAAAAAUUGCGACAAGCCAUCUACACAGCACUGUUUAAUCAGUUCUUUAUCUCCUUGCCCAUGCUUGUGCCCAUGUUCUAUGUCAUGAAAUGGUGGGGCAACACCUUCAGCAAGGAAUUACCCACCUUCCAGUGGUUUCUUGUUGAGCUGAGCAUCUUUACCAUAACUGAGGAAAUUCUCUUCUAUUAUUCACACAGGCUUGUUCAUCUCCCCCUCCUGUACAAGCACAUUCACAAGAAGCACCACGAAUGGACAGCCCCCAUUGGCGUGGUCUCCAUUUAUGCUCACCCAUUAGAGCACAUACUCUCCAACACGUUGCCUGUCAUGACUGGCCCGAUGAUCAUGGGGUCUCACAUUGUUUCAAUCGCAGCGUGGUUCUCCCUUGCUCUUGUAACAACCAGCAUUUCGCACUGCGGCUACCACCUGCCCUUCCUGCCGUCGCCGGAGUUCCACGACUUCCACCACCUCAAGUUCAACCAGUGUUACGGAGUCCUGGGAGUACUGGAUUAUCUGCAUGGAACAGACACGGUGUUCAGACAAACCAAAGCCUACGAGAGGCACAGGGUCCUCCUCAGCCUCACACCUCUCUCAGAAAGCAUCCCGGAGACACCCAAGAGGGCAGAGUGACCUCCAACCCUGCAGCCUGCGCAUUCUUGCAGAGCCCAGUGACAAGGAGAGCUAGAGACAAUUUAUGCCAAAUAGUACCUUAAUUGGGAAACAAGUCACUGGUCACGAGUAACAGUUGCCAAAACUGAACUGCAACAUGCCACUUGAGAUGACCACAGUCACCGCCUGUUAUUUUCUACUUAAGGUGUGAAAAAACUGCUCUAGAAAGCUAUUUUUAAACUUGUAUUGUUUCCUGGUUCUAGCCGCCUGCACAUAAGCCACACAGUUUUGGGGGUUACUGAAUCCUCAGUAAGGUUAUAAUAGAUCACAUUUUGGCCUCUCUCAGCAGCAUUCUAUAGACAUACCAGCAAGAUCGCUACGACUACAUACUAUAGGAAUUAGAACCACUGUUCUUCUGACACUUAACUUUACCCAACCUCAGGCAGCCUUGGGUGUGGGAUGAUUUGUCCUGCAACCCCAUAAAAAGUCAGUGAAGCCAUGGCUUUAGAAACGUUCCCUUACACACACAACACAGGCCUGAUUUGCCCUCAGCAGUUUUUCAUUAUGCAAUUUUAAGUACAUCUGAGGUUGGGGCUGUCUCGUCCUCGUGGCCACUCCACAAACCAACACAAACAGCACUCACACCUUUAUGCAGAUCCGCAAGUACUUAUACAAUAAAAACCAAGACAUGCUGCACUUUUUUUUGUAGAGCUGACCUGCUCUGCACUUACCUGCUGUCAGCCCCUGGAAGCCAACUCUCUUCCUCCACCCUCCUCCAGUUCCUUCAACCGUACCUGCAUCGACCCAGCCCAUCCGUACAACCCACAGCCCUCUGGGGAGGGCACAUCAGUUAGCAGAACAGACAACCCAGACUGCACUGUCUUUUGAAGUUUUUAUUUUUAUACAUUUUUUUUUGUAUUAAAAAGGAAAAAGCAUAAUUACCACAAAUUACAAAGGACUAAAGCAUUACUAGAAUAAUGAAUCACAUCAGCCUAGAAAGCAGAUACUCUGAAUAAUAUUAAUGUUAUAAUACAAGCUCUCAUUCAAGUAUUUUACAUUUGUCUCUUUUCCUUUUAUAUGUGAUGAUGAUCCUAGCACAUGGGUCAAAGAUUAUGUACUAUCGACAGAAGAUGGAUCAUGUACAGCGGGCCAUAUUAACAAGAUUUUCCUCCCAAGUGAUAAAUGGUCUGUGAUGAGUCAUUUUAAGUUUGUCUCUACGAUAAAUGCAGCUGAAGAAGGUUGCACACACUUUCUAGUUUUGGGAACAGAAGGCUGAGGUUGGGACACACACAGUUUGAGAAGGGCCAGCACAUUGAACCAUCACCCCUGUUGCUCCAGGCGAGCUACCGAAGGCCGAGCUCUAACCCACACCACCCGAGCAGCUCGGAGCACACCGGCACCAGCGCUUGCUUCCGAGUCACAGAUCUGAGGAUUUCCAACCCCAACGGGAACGGGCCAGGCUGGGAGAGGAAGGGGGGCGCGGGGCUGGCUGCUGUCCCUGCAGGCACACGAAGCUUGGGGGGACCAAGGGCUGCCAAACCCCAUCCCAGCAUGGGUGUCGCCGUCCCCAGCCAGCCCACGUGCGGGGCUGACGAGGUGGAGAUGGGGACAGGAGAGGGAGCCAGAGGGACAGCACGGGGGACUCUGGGGUUAGCCCGAGCACUGCAAGGGGGUGGCUGGCACCCGGGCCGGUCCACGCUCUUCUGGAGCUUCCCACCGAGGGGAUGUGCUUGUCACAGAUACAUCGGUCCUAUGUUCAAGUGUCUGCAGAAAGUGAAACUGUAAACUACUCAUUGAAACACUGCCCUCCAUCCAUCCACCCACUCCACGCCACUGAGAUGAAAAUUUUCAUUUAGAGGAAAAAAAAUAAGUCAGUGAGGCAUUUAACAUCAAGUGUAGCAACCCUCUCUUAAGAAGAGCCUAGCAUCCAUUUCAAAACAGUGACAAAGUGACAUAACCAGUCUCAGAGGAGAGACAGGAGAAAAGAAGCAUUGCAAACACAGCUUGCUACAUUUACAGUUUUCCUUUUUUUUUCUUUUUUUCUUUUUUUUUUUUUUUCCUUUUGUUAAAAUAACUGGAAAGGCAUUAACAGCUAAAAGGCCCCCUCUCCACGCCACGACGCUGAGCGUGCAGACACGUGGCAGGACACCGAGGUUAACGCCUCAUCCCGUACAGUACAGGCGACCAGGCCGAAGCAAAACGAGCAGUUGCCAAAACUCGAUGGAGCCCAGGGGCUGCAGUGAAAGGCUGCCGACGGGGAGGGGUCCGAGGGACACAGCAGGGAGAGGGGCAGACAAAAGCAAAUGGAGCAGCAGCAUUAUUAUUAUCUUUUUUUUUUCCUUUUUCAAAUGAGCGUGGCUAAGCAACAAAGCCUCCUCUGAAACACACCAUCCACCUCCACCACUGACCCGCGCCAGAGGCCUGGACCUGUCCCAGGUGCCUGUGCCCCAAAGGGGGGCAGAUAUACAGGACCUUGGCGAGGAGAGGGCUCGCACAGCAGCCGGGGGGAGACAAGACACACUCCCCCGGCUGCCCCAAACUUUCUGCCGGCAGCCAAGGCUCCCUCUGGUCAUGCCGGUGGCUGGGCACCAGCCUGGUGCUGCCACCACGAGCUGCGCAGCAGGCCAGCGAGUGGCGUUUUGCAGUCACGGCGAUAAGCGUGCCUGAUCACCCAGGCCAUUAAAAUUAAAAAAAAAAAUAAUAAUAAUCAUGAAAUACGAUUGUGGCGAAGCAUCCAAGCUAAAAGCAAGGCCAAAUUCCUUCCUCAGCAGGAGGGCAAAGCUUCCUCAAAAGCCAAACCCCUCUCCGGACAGCCGCCCGCCUUCCCCGGGGGCGCAGUGCGGCAAGCCGCGUGCGCUGCCCGAUGUAUGGCCCCGGCACGUUUUGUGAGGGAGGCGAAACACCUCUGCAGCCCCACAGCCCGGCCCUGACCACACCACAGCAGUCCCAGCCCCACGAGGUGUCCGUGUGCCUCAGGGCACAGAGGGGCUCACUCACGGAGCCAGCCCUGUGUGGGGCUGGGCCUGGUGGGCACCGCGGCCCUGCUCGGUGGCGGCCUGCAGGCCCCGCUGCCCCGGGAGCCAGCUACAGCUGCCUGGGGCUGCUUCUUUCCCUUCUUUCCAUCUCCCCUUCGCUCCCCGCAGACGCUGCUGUCCCACAGAGGACAGAACAAGGCGCACGGCAGCACGUGGCCGCUAACCGAGCCCGCUGGCACACAAACCCGGCCGGCAGCGCCGACAGGCGCUUCCCAGGGCCCUGAGCCACACUGAUGCAACAAACCACUGACUAUAAGGGGGGGAAAAGGUCUUCUGUGCCAAGACUAUGAAGUCUUAGCCUUAGAAAUUAAAGGAAGAAUAAUUUAAAAUCAAUUCGGGGUUUGGGAAAUUCUCUGGGACGUUUCUUAGCCUUUUCUACCACCCCAGCAAUUCCCCAGUCUGCUCCACAAGGACCACCUCCGCAGCAGGAGCUCGCUUCUCCUGGUUUCCUAUUUUGUUUGCUGCUCAAAAGCAGACAACUGGCUUCCAAAGAGAACAUGCACCAACGAGAAGAAUACAGGGAACACAGCAGCAAGGACCACCUGUGGCACAUUCGAACCCGCUUCCACUUGCAAACGACCAGCAAAACAUCUCCAACGUCCUCGGCCAACCCCCGGGUUCAGCCUCCGAGGCGCCUCCUUCCCAAAUCAGGGUCGAACCCUGCCACGUCCGUAACGUUAGAGAUCUGACUCUGGCUCACAAGAGAAGAGAAAUUUGGAGGUAACAGUCAAGGCCGCAGCGCUGUACAGACAUUACUUGCCAGUCCGGCCUAGGUACCGCUCCGAGCCCCCGGAGCGCUGCUGCGGAUACGGAGCACGCCGAUGGCUUGGGCACCUUCAUGCCCUGAACGGGGCCUCCGAGCGGUACCGAGCUGCAGGAUGGCGUGGUAGUGGCAGACGGACCAGAACAGGAUCACACUAGGAGGAAAUGGCAAAGUAGCAGCUACCCAGCCUCACUCAAACCCAAGCUGUGCUUUCAGUUACUAGCAGCAGGUCACGAAGCUGCUCCACGCGGCCCAGCCCCGCUCCUCCCUUCCCACCUGCCGGAGCAGCACGUUUGGUGCAGAGGCAGUUCGGGAAGGUGCUAACAGGGCCCAGCAAGCAUCCACAGCCACCCCUGAACUCCGGCUCCCCGCUGGCCGCUCUGGCCAACGUGCCCGCGCUCAACACCCCGAUUUCUGCUCCCAGCUCCCGGCUGCUCUUGCGAUGACUCUGCUCAACGCGAUGAGCUGCAUCUUCCUGUAGCCACCAUGCGCAGGAGCACGCUCGUGGUAUGUGAGGACAGCACGCCGGAGCCACGACCGAGCCAACACUGCACAGCACGCAUCCCGACCCAGGAGACAGCACAGCAGCAGCAGCGAGGCCAGCACAGCUCGCUGAAGAGGAGCUUCCACCCUCGCAGCAGGGACACGGCCUCCCAGCGCUGCUUCUGGACCCUGGGUGCAGAUUUCACCCUGGCACUUGCCCCCAGCCACGCGCUUUCGGGGGAGCGCAGCUCAGGAGGGAUUUGCCGGCCGAAGCCCACCUGGUGCCGCACGGAGGAGCCCAGGACACGGCGCAGCAGCUCUGCGGGCACCCCCUCGCCUCAGCCGAGCAAGGGGCAGCAGCAGGGCGUUGUCACAGCCCUCGGAGGGCUCAGCGCAGCCUCCCGCUGAGAUGAGAUGCGCCAUGAACCCCAGGCAGGAGGUCCCCGCUGGGACCCCGAGCGAGUGCCACCAGCAGCGCCCCAGCCACGGGAGCCGCACCGUUCAUCGGGCUACAGACACGGCAAGGAGUCCCUCGGGUGCCCGCUGGACGUCCCUGCUCGCCCCCCGAGGCUGCCCGCAGGAGGCUGAGCGAGGCCCCGAACACAGUCACCAUCGCGGGGAGGAUGCUACAACGGUAUAUACACAACGGAGCGGCUUCAACUACGUCCCGAGCACAAGUCUUGGAUUUGACAGCCCUCAGCACCUUCCCCUGCAGGAGCAGGGCCGGUGGGGGUUCUCCACAGCAGGGUGCAUCUGAGCGAGGUCCGAGCGAGCGCGGGGCGGAGGAGAGGCCGCGGGGAAGCUCGGCCCGGCAGCGGGGCCGUGAGGAGUCUCUGGGGGGGCGGGCAGAGCGCCCGGCGCACCCCGGGGCGCAGGAAGCCAGCGAGCCUCCCUGUUCCAGCUCCACCGUAAGGCAACUUUUUUUUUGUUCUGUUUUUUUUUUUGUUGUUGUUGUUUUCUUUUUUCUUUUUUGUAUUUUUUUUGUGUUUUUUCGUUUUUUUCUUCAAUUAAUAUUUCCAAGGAAGAAAGCAAAGGGAGAUGUGUCUUUUCAAAGUUUGUUUUGUUUUAGGGGGUUUUGUGUUUUGUUUUUUUUUUUUCUUGGUUGUUUCAUUUUUCCAAGGGAAAAGGAACAGAAAGCCUCCUUCGGCAAAGUCCUGUCUUUGCGUGCGACGAGCAGCCCUGGGGAGGCGGGUGCACUGUCCACGCAGGCUCGAGUCCACCAGGCGCCUGCCGGUCCCCCCCCAAGCCGUCCUCGCAGGAAGGAGUCAGAACAAACCCAUCCUUGGCAAAGGUCCUUUGGUUGAUUCAAAACGUCCGUGAUGGAAGGGAGAGGCGGGCGGAGGGAGAGCCAGACCCCCGGGAAGGAUGGAGGCGAAGACGCCGGGGAGGAGGAGGGGCCGGGAGGACGAAGAGGGCUGCGUUCCUUUUGCGGCGGUCGGCGUCGGCGAGGCAGCGCCGUGCGUGGAAUGGGAGCCGCCAGCCGGGGCACGGGGAUCAGAGGCUGCGCAGCGCCGCGACACGCUGCGGCUUCGGUCCCCGGCGGGGAACCUCGCUCCUCCCAGCUUCCUGAUCGGGCUGCCAGCGGUCCGAGGGGGGGGACACAGGGGGGAGUCGUCGGGGCCGCAGAGAGCAGACUUGUUUUGGUAAAUCUGGACGAACUUCUAGCAAUAAUUUAAAACUUGAUAUAUAUAUAUAAUAAUAAAAAAAUCUCCCCUUUCCAACCCAGCCAGAACAUUUUUUUUUUUUUUUAAAGAGACACUAAGACAUGAGUGUGUGCACAAGAGGGAAGGGGGCGGUAAAGAAAAGCAGAGGGUGGGGCUGGUGGGGGUAGGUCUGGCUCUGGUCAGGUUUGUAAUAGCAAAACGGUGUUUUAGAUGCGGAUCGUCUUUGCUUUCCAGCCACAAGAGAAAAAAUCGUGUGCGUUGAAGUUUCUCCCCAGCAGCCUAUUCCUGGGCACCCACAUUCCAGCUCCCUUCCUGUCCCACCCCUCGGGUCUCCCCUUCUCCGAGCCAGCCCCCCACCAACCCACCCCGUCUCCCGGCGGGAAGCAGAAGCUGCAGCCCCUCUACUUCCCCACUGUCUGCAAUUCUGCGGCUGCAGGGGCAGGGACUUGCUGGCUCAGGUUUUUGGCAUCCUCUUGUGCAGGCUGGCUGGGCGAGGCGUGGGCUUGGCUGGCUGGGCACUGGCUGACCGUUUUGCUGGAAGACUGGGACGGGUAGCGCUUCCUGCCGUCUCCCCCCGAUGUCGCCGGGUAUCUCUU